AUGAACAAAAAUCAGCGCGCUAUCUCGCUGUGGGCAGUAGUUUCUUUCCUAGCUUCCAUUAUCUUUGCACAGAGUGUAGUGCCUAAUCCAAGCUUUCGAAGAUAUCCAAGCUGCGGGUUGCUAUCGACUAAUGGCAACAGAAGGAUUUACUGUCAUGGCGGAGUUAUCAAGACGAAUCAGCAAGACUACGAAUGGGAUGCAACAUUGAUGCGACUGGAUAUCAUGGACUUCAAUGCUACAGCCAGCAAUACAUGGGAAAACAUUACACACACAGCAGCAAACAGCAACAUUGCUUUGGAGGCAAGGGAACGGGCAUUUUCAGCCGUAUCGUUUGACGGUAGCAGUCUAUUCAUCCAUGGCGGAUUGUCUCAGUACAAAUUGAGGAAUCAAACAAUCAUUUACACAGCGUCUGACAACUCUUGGUCUACCCCGGCUGCUGAUUACACGGAUGCUGGUUUCGGUGGUACAAGACAAAUAUACCAGGGCAGUGCUGUGGAUGUAAAUGGAAAGUACUAUCUCUAUGGCGGCGAGGAGACUUUUAGCAAUCAAAACAUCAUCCGCUACACCGACUCUUAUACCAACGAAACCUUCGUCAACUUCUUUUUGACAGAUAGCAACUUCAAUGAUUCUGCUAUUGGAUAUUACGAGGCCGUUACUUAUAGUGAGACCAUCAUUGGUUACGAUUCUUGGAGCAAACUGAGACCCUUGGGCAACUUUCAAAAAGGAUUGAUAGGAUCUAGCCACGCAGCUGUAUUCCACCCUCGUACUACUACAAUAUUCUACUUUGGUGGUUAUGUGCGUGAUCUGAUCAAUUUUAAUUUGGCAACGACUUCAUUCAGUCAAGUAACGACCUUUAACACAUCAAAUAUGUUCUGGGGCACACAGAUGUUUACAGGUUCAGCUGUCCCUAUCGGUAGAAUGGGCCAUACAGCAACACUCUUGCCUUCCAACGAGGAUGUGCUCUUGUAUGGUGGCGCUUCUGGAGACAUCGUGAAAGCUAUGAAUGACUUUUGCUAUGUUGCAAAUCUACAAAACUUUACCUGGACUGCGCAAUUUGCCACUCUGAAACUACCUAAUGCCAAUGGAGCAACCGGUGCUCGAGCGGGGCAUUCAGCUGUGCUAGACGCUAUCACCAAUCGACUGUAUAUUUUGUUUGGAUUCUAUGACAACAGCUUAGGACCUCAAAACACACCAUUGAUUGCAUUAAAUGUGUCAAGCCCCUCAGCAUUAGCCUUCCUUGAUCUCACUCAACAAGCUAUGAUUGACCCCAACUCUUCGCCUAAUGUAACUGUUCUAGCUGACGUUAAGAACGGAAUUAACUCUGCAACAAUAGGAGGUGCUGUAGGAGGCACCAUUGGAGGUAUUCUAGUGAUAGGCUUGGUUGCAUUCUUCCUGCACAAACGUAAAAGAUCCAAUGACCAUAAUCAACAAAAUGCAGGGCAAGAUGCUGAUGAACACGAGGAGCGUUUAUCUGUAGACUGGGAUGCCAUUGAGGGAGGCUUCGUUGAAACCAACCUUCCAUUGAACAAUAGCGGCAAGAACAUGGUGCCAUACAAUGGCAUAAACAACAUAAACAAUAGUAAUAUUGUUCUGGAAAACAGCCAUCUGUAUUCCUCUGCUAAUGAAUUUAGCCAAGGAGAAAAAUCGCCAGCGAUGGAUUACAACAAUACCUCAAAAUACGAAGUGUCAUCUCAAACUGCAACUACUGUCACUGCUGUGUCGCCACCUUUAAUGAACCUAGCAACUCCUCUUUCCCCAAAUGAUACGCUGUUACGACAAUCGUAUCUUCCAGAUAUUCCUCGUCAUGAUAACCAGCAGCCUAUCACUUAUAUAACAAAACCUGAUGGCGCUUAA